AUUUUCUUUCCUUUUCUUCCGAGUUAGGGUUCCGCCCAUCUCUCUCUCUCUCUCUCUUGCGCGCUCUCGAGAGGCUGUAAGGAGACGGGGAAAGAAGGGGGUUUGAUCGCGAUGAAGCUGACGGUGAAGACGCUGAAGGGCACCCACUUCGAAAUUCGGGUUCAGCCCAACGAUACGAUUAUGGCCGUGAAGAAAAAUAUUGAGCAAAUACAAGGAAAAGACAGUUAUCCGUGGGGGCAACAGUUGUUGAUUCACAAUGGAAAAGUUUUGAAAGAUGAAUCCACAUUGGAAGAGAACAAAGUUAAAGAAGAUGGUUUUCUUGUUGUCAUGCUUAGCAAGAGUAAAGCUGCAGGAUCUAGUGGAUCUUCGUCAGCCCAGCCUUCGGCGACUUCUGCAGUCCAGCAUCCUACUCCUAAAGAAGCCCCAACCCAAGUUCCAGUACAAGCUCCACCACAAGUAGCAGCACAAGCUGCACCACCAACUCCAGUCCCAGCGAGUUCUUCAAUUGGAUCUCAAGGAUCAAACUUGGAGGUAUCUGCUGAUACCUAUGGUCAAGCUGCAUCCAAUUUAAUUGCAGGGAGUAAUCUUGAGCAGAUGGUUAGUCAAUUGCUGGAGAUGGGUGGUGGCAACUGGGAUAGAGACACAGUUCUUCUUGCACUUCGUGCUGCUUACAACAACCCAGAGCGUGCUGUGGAAUACUUAUACUCUGGUAUUCCAGCAACAACAGAAAUUGCAGUUCCAGUUGAUCCUUUCCCUUUGUCUCAGGCAUCUAGUCAAGGGGCCAACCCAACUGAUGCAACUGCUCCAGGAUUUCUGUCUGGACUUCCUAAUUCUGCUCCAUUGAAUAUGUUCCCACAGGGUAAUACUAAUCCUGGAGUGGGUGCUGGAGGUGGAUCUCUGGACUUCCUUAGAAAUAAUCCACAGUUCUUAGCCUUGCGAGCAAUGGUUCAAGCAAAUCCACAGAUUUUGCAGCCAAUGCUUCAGGAACUAAGCAAGCAAAACCCUCAACUUUUAAGACUAAUACAGGAGCAUCACGCAGAGUUCCUUCAGUUAAUAAAUGAACCUAUUGAAGGCCUUGAAGGGGAUAUGUUUGAUCAGCCUGAGCAAGAUGAGAUGCCACAUACCAUAAAUGUGACAGCAGAAGAGCAGGAGGCAAUUGGACGACUUGAAGCAAUGGGUUUUGACCGAGCAAGCGUUAUCGAAGCAUUCUUAGCUUGCGACAGGAACGAGCAGUUGGCUGCAAACUAUUUAUUGGAGCACGCCGGUGAUGAGGAUUGAAGGGAAUUGGGAUAAUGCCCGUAUGCCAACUUGUGAAAGAUGCAUGGAUUUCUCUGUUGAUACCAACCAAGUCUCUUGGGAGAUGGAAAAUGUCUUUCAUGCAUUUGUGGAAUUAGAUGGUCAUCUUAUUAAACCUGUUGCGAAGUUUAAUAUGACUUGAUAAAUUAUCAUCAUUGGAGAAAACUGUACCGUGAACGUAGAGAGAGAGAGAGAGAGAGAGAGAGAGAGAGAGACUGUCGUGACAGUGUAUAUGUUAUUUUAUUCAUAACAUUCUUUUUUUUUUUUUAACAUUUAGAUAUUUGGUGAUAAGAUGUGUACUAUAAUUGCUGGUGCGUGUGUCGCCAAAGCUCUUUCAUUA